CGUGAAGCUGAUUAUCAAACAAGACAUCAUACUGCCCAACAUGAGCAACGAACUCGCCCAAGAGCUGAAGCAGCUGCACGUCCCCGCAUCGCCAGUCAUCUUCGCCAACGUCUGGGACCUAGCCUCCCUCAACACGAUCAUCUCGCUAAACACCGCCGACUCAAAGCCCGUAAAAGCCAUUGCAACCGCAUCAUGGGCCAUCGCAGCUACAGUAGGCGUAAAAGAUGAGGAUCUCGAGCUAGAGCAAAACAUGGCCGCGAUAGGCCAACUCGCGCCCGCCGCCAAAGCCGCCGGCCUGCCACUCUCCGUUGACCUCCAAGACGGAUACGGAGAUCUAAUCGACGAGGUCGUAACAGAAGUAGUCACGCUGGGCGCUAGCGGAGCCAACAUUGAGGACAGUAUCCCGUCAGCCGGAUUCGAGAAGGGCAUCGAAGGGUCCCUCUACGGCGUAGAAACGCAAGUCGCUCGCCUCAAGAGCGCCUUGGAAGCGGCUCGCGAGGCGGGGUGUCCUGACUUUGUCCUCAAUGCCCGGUGCGAUGUGUUCCGCCUCGAGCCGUAUUGCGCGGCUGACGACGAGGGUGUCCUGGCUGAAGCCGUGAAGCGGGGCCGGGCGUACCUGGAGGCCGGGGCGACGACCGUGUUUUUCUGGGGUGGCUCGGGACGUGGGCUGCGGACAUCGGAGGUUCGUGUGCUCGUCAAAGAGCUCGGAGGGCGGGUUGCUGUUAAGCUCGGGGAUCGGGCGGACUCGUUGUCAACGAUGGAGCUGGGUGAGAUUGGGGUCGCUAGGAUCAGUGUGGGACCAAGUUUGUACCUUGUGGCGAUGAACGCGGUGAAGGAAUCGGCGAGAAGGAUUUUGGACGGAGGGAAACUGGCUGCUUGA